AUGGGGAGGCGUUAUGAAAAUAGCGGGAGAAGAGAAGACCUCAACGACGCUAUUGCUAGUGCUCUGGAUGCGACUGAAAUGGGAUUUUCAAAUUGCCCGUCCCUGCUGGCCGGGGUGGGCUCGACCCUUGCAGGACUAUUGGCAAGGCAGUAUGAAUCCACGGGGCAGCUGGAUAGCCUGGCCAACGCAUUAUUUGAGCUCCGCAUAGUCACCGAAGUCGAACCGGAGUUUCCAGAGCUCGACGCUCUUCUUGUCCAGUUGGGUGGCCUGGCGAAAGAACAGCACGCGCUGAGGGCGCAGCUAACGGAUGAGAGAAUAGAGGUGUCGCAGUCGAGAUACCCGAAUAUUUUGACGGUGUUUUUUUGUUUUCUUUUGUCACCCGUGCUCUCUCUCACUUAUCCCGGAGCAUUUUACCCAUUGGUUAUAUUCUUCGGUGGAAUUAUGUCCAACUGGGUCUUUCAGAAAUAUAACCAGCCCAUCAGCAGGGACGAAAGAACGAGUGUUUUAUUCCACUCGGUCCCAGUUUGGAUUCAAAGGAUAUUCUCUUCGCCAUAUGAUCAGUUCUCUUUCAAGUUCGCACCAACGACGCUUUUUUCUACUUCAUGGAUUGAGAUCCCUUCUACUAUUGCCUUUAUAGGCUCGGAAGAGGACCUGCACAAUGAGGGCAGAUUACGCCGACGAAGAUCAAUUCAUGAUAGGCGAUUUGAGUCGGGAUAUGACCAACAACUGAGAGUGGGUGCCAGAAAUCGAUCUCCAGCCCACGACGAGGACUGCAUUCAGGUUGAUAUCGAUGCCUUGCACCUUGGUUUCAAUAAAUCACCCCGCGCUCGGCUGUGUCACCCAAGCCAAGCUUUUCCACAAUCUUCAAGAACCAAAUACUAUGAGAAUGAUGUUGAGCGCCGGACGCAACUCCCCCACAAACAUCUUACAGACUCAAAAGCUUGGGAUGAUAUUAAGGACUCCCAAAGCGACGAUGGACUUUUACCAGCUCUGAUUGUCGCGUCUGAAGAAGGGCGAGGUGUCAAUGAGAUUUUUCAAACAAAACAACCUAUAUCAACCGCUUCUACAAAUCAAAGACCUACGACCGAGAAUGUUAAGAAGACUGUCAGUGAAAAGUUUCUAGUAGUUUCGUCUUGA